AUGGCUAAGAAAAGCAUUGCUGCUGCUAGUGCUAUGAAACCAAUCGUAUUUACAGUAGAUCCCACUGAGUGUCCCUUCAGAGAAUUCAAGGACAAUGAGCUACAACCCGAGUACUGGGGCAUGGGUCCUGCAGCUUUUAAAGGAUAUUCUUCGUUGGGGAUCAAAGGAGCUGGGCCGCCGAAACUUCCAGCGGACUACGUCUGGGUCGAUGACCAAACCCAAGCAUUACCAAGAUCCGUUCGCCAAUAUCUCAACGGUUGGGUGAGAGCUGAACAACUUGCGAUGGACCGUUGGGAGGCUGAAGUCGUUGUUUUUGAGGAAGAUAGCGCAAACAAGAUGGUUGUUGCAGACAUACAAUUGAGCCACGCCCAGGUUCUCCUCAGGUCAGCGUUCUGUAGAAACGUGCUAUCAGCUUGCUUUAUGUUGGAGAGAUGUGAAACGGUUAUGAUGGAACACCAAUGGGAGAAUUUUACUUUCGCAUUGGGACCAGAAGGAUGGCGAGCGAAGAAUCAUAUCUACUCGCCUGGAAUCAAACCUGGAGGAGGGGCACAGCACCGUCCGGGGUUAUCAAGGAAUGGCUGUUAUUUAGUCCGUCUCUUUUACCUUGGAGCCUGGCGGUGUGUGUGGGUCUCAGAUCAGGUGCCGGUAGAUGCCACGGAUUCUCCACUUCUCCCAUUCUCCCCUUUGUUGAGUAAAGUGCCUCCAGGGAAGCCAGGAGCUAAGCAGGCGCCCACAACUGUUACUUCAGACGUAGUACAUUUGUGGCCUUUGCUGCUAUGUAAGGCACUCCUUAAGUUGGCUGCUCCUGAUAUGAAUGCUGAUGAAAACUCAUCGAGUUUAGAAGACGAGCUAUUACCUGAAUUUGAUGUUCUCCAUGCCCUAACUGGGGCUAUGAACAUGAAGUACUUAAACUUUGAUGCUUCAAUGCUUUGGGAUCUAAUAAUAAGUGAAGUGAACGUAUUUUCCUGGGACGAUGAUGAUGAAACUCAAGCAAGUACUGUCAAAUCCAGAAGUACUAAGAAACCUACGACCAAGGAAACUUCUGCGGUUAAGAGAGGAAGUAUGAUGAGCAUUAUCUUGGAAGAUACCAAGGAUUAUCCACCAUACUAUCUACAAGGAAUAACACCAGGGUUUAAGAUGUCUCUGCUUGUCACUAUGGCAAGAGAUAUACCGUUAAAGAAACCUUUACCAGAACCAGAGGUGGCGCUCUGGAAGUACUACCGGUGGGUGGACUGGGCUCGUAGUCAUGGCAUGUAUGAGGCUUAUGACUGUCCAAGAACUAAAUUCCUCAAAGUCAACAGUCUGAUGAAGAUGUCUUAUGCUCCUCAUCUCUUAGAUGUUCAGAGUACAGAGUCGAUUACAGCUACAUUUAUUAAAUUAGAAAUGGAAAAAACUACUCCUGGGGCAAAAGCCAAAGGAAAAGAUGCAAAGCCAAUAGGCACUGCUACACCUCAACAACCAAAUCAGACAAAAGAAGAACUUCGUGAAUGGAUACCAUACGAAAUUGUUCAAGGACUAAUCCUUGCCGCUAAUGUACUUUACUACCCAUCAAUGUAUGAGUUCACAUCAGCAGCAAAUAGCCCCCCUGUUAGAAUAACUAAAAUACCUAUGAACAGAGCCUUAGACAUUCAAGCACCAAAAGGUGCCCCACUUUACCUUCAAAUAGACGGUCCUGAAGAAAACGUCCUUAAAAUUUCUUUAAGUAUGCUACACCCGAGAAUUCUGUGCAACAGUGGAGUACUUAUUGUGGAUUUCAUAGAAUCGGCUUAUUUAGUUUUGGAACGCUUCGAAUGGUUCAAAGACAGCGUGCUUCCUUUACCCAAAGCGUUUGUCAGGACUUGUGGUUAUGAUGCAGUUGAAGUUAAGUUUCCACCGGGGAGACAUUAUUGCAGGAUUUGGGUACACUCCCGAAUGAAUUGGCACAUUAUGCUGCUCAGUGAAUCAGCAUUACUCCUAGGCCUCAAAGACCAAAUACAGUGUGCGGCGGUCAGGGAGUGUCCCUGGGCAAGCAAAUUUCUUUUAGCUCUUGGUAGUGCUUUUGUUAACUGGUUAAGGGUAAACAGAUCGAACCAAUUUUUACCCGGAGUGCAAUUAGCUGAUAGAGAGUUUUUUAGAUCAUAUUAUCCCGAUUUACCCUGGGACAAAGAAGUGGUGGGUUAUGAUCGUGCUUUGUUGCACUGGAUGUUUAGACAAGCCCUCCAAGUUCAUCUUUUGAAAAGAUUGCAUCCUACAGAAGCUAGCAACGUGUAUGCUGUUGUACGAAAAUACUUUUGCGAUCCUGAUUUCGGUUUUCCGCCAAAACCACCGCCACCGUUUUCAUUGAAGGUCAUUGCAGAAACUGAUCCUUGUGAUUGUCUAUUGCCUGAAAUUGAGGAGACAGAAUUAGAUGAGGAGCAAACAUGUUAUAACAUAGAAGAGGAAUCUCAUGCUCCAGAAGAAAAAAUAAUUGUAGAAAAACACAUCAUGGAUAAAUUACUGCUGCCCCCAAAACCUCCCAUUGCCUCAAAUAUUUGCGAACUGGCAACUGAAGAGGUACCAUGUGGAAUAAUGAAAGAAGAAAGAGACAAAGUUAUUAAAAAACACAUGGCUGCUACGGUUAUUCAAGCGCACUGGAGGGGCACUUGGGCCAGAAAGUGUCUAAUAGACCAUGUGACGGUUUCACCUGAGGUUAUGAAGCUUCUACAAGACACAACGUUUGGCAACCAAGAAGCACUAGCAGGUCUUAUGAGAGAAUUCUUUAUUCUAUACCCAGGAGCCAAAUACGCUUACUCCGUCGCUUCAGCUCUUAGUGGAUUCCACGGUCUGCACCAACACCAUGGAACAACCUUGGUCACAUCCAAAUGUAAAUGGAUCCCAUACUUCCAAGGAGUGUUUUAUUGUCACGAUUCUGUCAAAGUUCACUUUGAUGUGACCAGUACUCUUCAUCAUAGUACUUUAGCGGUGUAUAAUAAUGACACUGGUGAAAAAUUACCUCAAGCAUAUAAUGCUCACAAAACGUUUGAGUUUAGUCCAAAUAUGCACGGCUAUACGGUCAUGGGACAUGGAACUUUAAAUGAAGUAGCAGGUUUCAACUACGAAGUCCAAUGGCAACUCACCGUUUUCUCCAGCACCAACGAUGACUUCCACAUUUGUGAUAACGAAGACCCAUGUACAGAAUUACCUUUAUCACCAGCACAUAAAUUACACAUUGACGAAAUAUUUAUUCCCAACCGAAGAAAUAUUUUGGGAGGAAUACAAUUGUCAGUGACCCGGCACGAGGCUGUUAGUUUUAGGACUGCAGCAACAUCACCUGAUCUAGAAAUAAUUGCUACUCUCCGGACUAUAUCAGCUGAUGGGGAAUCUCAAGAAUUAACCAGUUGCUCCGGUAAAGGCGAAAUCUACUGGCCUUAUAUACGAUUAGAACCUUUCCCAGAUAUUUCACGAAGCACUGUUGCAAGUAAACAGGGCUUUAAAUUUGAGAGUGCACGCUCUCUUAUCAAGAGUCAUAAGAGUAAAGGAGCUGGCACCAAAAAUAACAGAUCAGCUUUAAAGAUAAAAGAGUCCGCAGAAGCAAGGGCAAAGCAGUACAUUAUUGAAGUCGUGACUCCAUAUGGAUGGCCAUUAACCAUCGCGCAAUGGAGAAGGGUUACUGAAGUUCGGAAUUCGCAAGAAAUGCUGAAACUGGACAACAGCGUAAAAAAAGCUAACGUCAAAGAAAAGGUAGUUGUGAUAAAAACAUCCGCAAAAGAUAAACAGAUGCCUCCUCCACCCCCAAACAUUAAUCAGCCACAACCUGGCGAUGCGUAUGUUGAGCUGGAAUGUUCAUCAGCCCUCGGCGGAGGCAUAAUUGCCAAAAGAGAUGACGAAAGAGAAAUGGAAUUUGCUAAUGCAGUGAGGGCGUGGGAUGAAAAUGAGGUUGGAAGAAAUAAGAGAGGAGCUGAGAUCAGAAAACUGUUCCGCGAAGAACACAUGGAAACACCACCGCCACCGCCUAGUGAAAGUACUCCUAGUACACAAUUUGACUUGAUGCAUGAGGGCACGGAAGCAGAAGAACUAGACGAGUUAAAAAAAGAGCAAGAAGAACAGAUUCAUGGUCCAACUCCUGUGACUGAAAGUGAUGAGGUAGAAAUGUCAUUGGAGAGUGAAGAAGAAUUGGAGUACUUGACGAUGCCUGAACAACUUCGGGAUAAAUUUUUACCGCUCGACUUUCUGCCAUUAUGCAUCAAGGAGUUGGCUGAGCAUGAUUGUGUUCUUGUAACUCCGAUGAAGGCAGAAGCAGCUAAGCAGGCCAGGCAAGCCCGCAUAGAAGCAGCGUUGCAUCGUAUGUGUGAAUUACAAGAAUACAACGAAGUCCAUGUACUGGGUAGGCAAAAGGAAAGAUGCCAAUUACUGGACAAUCUGAGUGUCGAUGCAACAUGGCCACCUCAACUUCAGCUUAUACUAGAAGAAAGAGAUGAAGCUAUUGUACAAGAGAAUCUAUUGAUGACUUUAGCUGCUGCUAAGAAAAAGCAGGAGCAGACUAAGGAGAAACCGAAGAAGUGA